UUCUAUAAAGCUUUUUAAUGUCACUCUAACCGUACGAAGUUGGGCACUGUUAGUGAUCCUGCUGUGCACGGAAAAUGAACGUCAACCAAAGUCACAUCACGGACGUACUGCAGAGUUUCUUGAAGACUUUGCGGAUGUGAUGUUCAAAUGCAGCGGAUGAAUUGAAGCACAGUAGCACCAAAAUAAUGGAGCAAGAUGCUGUGACUGUGAACGAGCAGUCAAAUAAGACUGAGAAGAGUUUAAAGACAAAGGAGGAUAACAUCCGAUGCGCUGUAGCUAACAUCACUGAGGCGGUUGCGACGAUCGUGAGUCACAGCACCAACGAUGAAUUCAGGCAGAAAUGUUUCUCACUCAUGAAGGUACCUAACUCAUCUGGUCUGGUAUCCAGUCUCCCCUCCCAACUGCAUUCAAUUGCUUGCCGGCACAUGGGAGUCACAUUGUGUGCUGAGAGUCAAGUUCAAGAGUUUUCAAAGUCAUCUGAGAAAGCAAUGGUAACCAACUCACAGCCAGCCGCGAGCCAGUGUGACCUUCAGCACAUACCAGCCAGCCAGCCCACAGGUGCAGACGAUGCUAGCUUGGAUGAAGACUUCAGUGAUUUCUCGCAGUUGGACUUUAUUGAUGGCGAGGGGGUGACCGGGAAUUUGGAAUCAUCGCAGCUGUUCAGAGAUGAGGCAAAAUCAGCCGGCACAGCGACAUCAGGCAUGGAAUCUGUCAAGUCAUUCGAGGUCUCACAGUCCAAGUCCAUGCUUGAGGAUGAGUGGUUGGACGAGGUCUUAGACAGCGAUCCGUUCUUCAACGAAAGCUGAGACAGGUCAAUUUGGUUUUGUUUCUCCUUCAAGAGUUGAUCAUCGCAAAUGAUGCAAGGACCGAAAUUUUCUAAAGUUACGUGAGCCGAGGCAGGCCCAGUUUUCAAAAGUUUUGGGGUUAAACAAUUGAACACUAUUUACAUGUGAUGCUAUGCUUGCCAUGCAACUUCGAGCUAGACAUUGCCACAUUUUUGAUAUGUUACAAAAUUUGUUUGGAUUGUCAAACUAAAUGCAAAAGGAUCAAAGGAAUGUUUGGUAGCAUCAGAAUUGUAAUGUGUGGAAGUUGGAAAAGAAUGUAUGGCAUCUCAGUACAAACCCGACACAAAAGAAUACUUGAAUCUUUGCAAUGGACCCUGGUGAUGAACAGCAGAUGGCGACUUUUUACCACUUUCUUUAGGCC